AGUGAGGAUAUUGCUUGCUUGUUCGCCUGAAUGUAUGCUUUCGUCUUUUGGCUAUAAAUACGCGCGCGCAAUUACGGUCAUAAAUCAGUUCAAACCGAGUUUCGGACGCGUACGGUACUAGACAGACUUUGGCGUGGUACAACUACAAUGCUAAUUGGUUAAUUAAAAAUUUGAUACCAGCAAGGUACUCGACAGACUUCACUUCGCACAAACAAAAGGAUUAACAGUUUAUUCUUGGAAAUAGUUUUUUUUUGCAAUCAACAUUUGAGCACACACAAAAGGAUUUGCGUCAGCCGCGGUUGUUGUGAGUCGUGAAAAUGUUCACUAAUUGGCUAACGGGCACCACAGGCGGUGGCACGCCGCGUAAUGACCACACCAACGGUAACAGCGCACCGUCUAGCAGCAACAAUAGUACCGCCAACGCAGCAUCGAAUAAUACAGAAACUGCUGUGUUACCCGCCACCGUUGGCAGUGUUGCAGCCGCCGCCGCUGCUGCUGCGGCUGCUAGCUCUGUAGCGUCCAGUAUUAUGACUACACCGCCCGAUGUGGUACUCGAGGUGGGUCCGCCUGGGCCGGCUAGUGCGCGUUUUGUUGCUCACAGCAUUGUGUUAGGCAUGCACAGCGGCUACUUACGUUCUGCCAUACGGCUAGACGAGAAUGCCGGCAUAGCGGGCACAGGCAACGAGCUCAUUUUAUAUUUGGGCAAUGUGACCGCGGAGCAAUUUGCUCCGCUGCUCACCUACAUGUACACCGGUUACUUGGACUUGAAUGUGGAGAAUAUAUUUGGUGUGCUGCUGGCGACGCAUGUGUUGCAUAUGCCGCGCGCAUUGGAAAUUUGUCGCUCUUUUUUAGCGCGCGCUCAAACUGAGGGCUAUCUAGCCAGCAAUUCUAUGGGCGGCCAGCCGCCUAUCGCCGCUAAUUCGAGUUCGAAAAUCAUACGUCCCAUACCAAGCAAGCCAACAGUUCCGAGCUUUGGCUUUCUGCCGCUCACCGCAACACAUCAGCUGCCGCUGCCACAAGCCGCUUUGGCGGCCAACACCAAUGACACCUUCAAGCAGCUGCAGCAAGCGUACGGCAGCGGACCGCUUUUAGCCGCACACAAUAGGUGUGGCGCUGAGUCACGCGCGUCUAACAGCACUGAAAUUGACGUUGACCGCGAGCCUUCCGCGCGAAACUCGCACGUUGAUGACGACGAUGAGGAUGUGGAAGUUUUCAUUGAUAACAACACUGACUCUGAUUUCGAUGGUGAGCUCGACUGCGCCAUUUCGGUGACAUCGCACUCAUCGCAGCAGCCCGCCAGCUGUAAAAAUAAGCAGCCGCAUGAAAGCAGCACGGAACGUGAAAUUGUCAUCACCGUCGCCGAGCCGCCCGUACCACUGGCAAAGGCGCGCGCUGAGCGCGACCGAGAAAUCACGCGUGCAGCGCGCAGUAAACCAGCUGCAGCUAUUGGCAAUACAUCCACACCAAAUACAAGUAAGCGUGAACGGCGUAAGCAAACGCGCACGCAUCACCACAAGUCAGGUGGUUCACGCGCGUCUGGGCUGCAAGUUGCCAAAGCACCCAUACCCGCUUCACAGCUAGACAACAACGAAAGCUCCAAAGUCAUCAUCGAUGUCGCGAGCUGCGAUGGACCAGUGCGUUUUAGGCGUAUACUCAAUACAGCCUAUGGUCACAAGCCCGAGGACUACGCUGUUAUGCCAGAGCGUACGCAGCAAAGCGUUUCGCUUUCCUUUCACCAACAAAUGGCGAAGGCAAUCAGUCAGCAGCGGCAGCUGGUCACAGCCAACGAAGAGUCGGAGAAUAGUGAGUCUAGUGGUGGCGGCGGCGGUGGAAAUUCGGCAGGUGCCAGCGGCAGCAGUGGCAAGCAUAGUAAGAAUGCCUCAAAUGAGAUAUACGUUUGUGUAUACUGUAAGCACACCUUCAAGUCGCAGUACUGCUAUCAGAAGCACGCCAAGCGACAUCUCAACCCGCUAAGUCUGAAUUGCGCUGCAGCAGCGGCAGCGGCGGCGGCUAAUCUAGGUGGCGGGCCAGAUGUUGAUGAGAAAAUAACGGCAUCCGCUAAGUCAGCGGCCGGUGGUGGUGGCGGUGGCGCAAAUGGUGGUUUCAAUUUGACACAAAGCAUCGGUGUGGCACUGCCGAUUGUGACCAGCAAACAAGGCGCAAGUGAGCUGCUACGACGGGAGGUGCGCCCCCUGGACAUGAACGUGCAAUACUAUCCCUGCAAGACGUGUGGCAGUAAAUUUCCCAGCUACUACUUUGUACACAAGCACCGGAAAAUGUGUCACGCCGAGGAGGAAGCGGCAGCUGCGGUAGAGGCGGCUAGCAAGCGUGGUGAGAGUGGUGGCGCUAAUGGUGGAGGCGGAAAUGGAGGUGCUGCAAGUGGAAUAGGCGAGAGUAAGCGCGAAAAAGCAACGGAGAAGAAGAUUGUGGAUUAAGAAAGGGAAAAGCAAAGAAGAGUUGUGAUGAAAUUGAGUGGUAAUGAAGAA